AUGUUUGGAGGUACUUCAGGCAUUAACUGGGGUGCAUCCUUCAUUACCAUCCUUAAGAAAAUUUUCAGAUGAGAUUGGUAGGAAAGGGUGGGGGGGGGAGGGGUGUUCAAGCCCCAGCCUGGUGAGCCGGGCUGGUGGUCCCAGCCUCCCGCUGUGUCUGCGGGUACCCGGUACCUGGGGCUGCCAGGGGAGCACAUCUGUGGGGACCCGCGGGAUGCUGCCGCUGUGGGUGCGGUCCCCCGGCCGCACUGCUCGUCCGCACGGGCUCCGCUCCGCCAAGCCCGGGUCCGGCUGGGCCGGGCCGGGCCGGUUCCCCGGGCAACGGCGGCCGAGCGACGUCAGCGGCGGGGGGCCGGGAGCGGCGGGGCUCUGCAGCCGCGGCGGGGCCGGGCCGUGAGGCUGCGCAUGGAGCCGGCGGCGGCCGUGCCGGGCAACCUCUCCCGCGGCGGCGGCGGCAACGAGAGCGGCGGGGCGGCGGCGGCGGCGGCGGCGGGGUGGUCGGCGGCGGCGCUGGCCUCGCAAGCGGCCGCGCUGCUGCUCAUCUUCGCCCUCUCGGCGCUGGGCAACGGGGCGGUGGUGCUGGUGAUCGCCCGGCACCGGCAGCUCCGCACGGUCACCAACGCCUUCGUGCUGUCGCUGUCGCUGUCGGAGCUGCUGGGCGCCCUGCUCUGCCUGCCGCUGGCCUUCCUCAGCCUGCUCAGCCGCCCGCCCGGCGCUUGGCUCUUCGGGCAGCGCCUGUGCCUGGCCAGCGCCGCCCUGCACGCCGGGCUGGGCAUCGCCGCCACGCUCACCAUGGCCCUGCUCUCCUUCGACCGCUACUGUGCCAUCGUCCGGCAGCCGCGGCACAAGAUGGGCCGGCGGCGCGCCGCGCAGCUGCUGGCCGCGGUGUGGCUGGCCGCCCUGGCGCUGGCCGGGCCCUGGUACGGGCUGGCGGGCGAGGGGCGGCGCGAAGCCCGGCCCGGCGCCUUCCGCUGCGUCUACGUGCUGCCCUGGGGCUCCUCGCGGCUCGGGCCGCCCUACGGCGCUGCCCUCAUCGUGCUCUGCUACCUCCUGCCCUUCGCCGUCAUGUGCUUCUGCCACUUCAACAUCUGCCGGGCGGUGCGGCUGACCGAGAGCCGCGUGCGGCCGCUCACCACCUACGGGCACCUGCUGCGCGCCUACGGCGAGAUGCGCACGGCCACCACCGUGCUCAUCAUGAUCGUCUCCAUCAUCUGCUGCUGGGGGCCCUACUGCAUCCUGGGGCUGGCCGCCGCCGCCGGCCGCCUGCCCUUCUCGCCCACCAUGGACGCCGUGGCCAGCGGGAUGGCGUGGGCCAACGGCGCCAUCAACCCCCUCAUCUACGCCGCCCGUAACCCCAACAUCUCGGUGCUGCUGCGGCGCAGCCGGGAGGGCGGCUACAGGACUAGGAACAACAUGGUCGCCUACCUGUCGGUGCCGGGCCGCCGGCCGGAGCCCCGCAGCCGGGCGGAGCGCGUCCGGGAGCGCUACAUCAAUCGGCACAGCGGCCCCCCGGGCAGCGCCCUGUCCUCCUCCAGCCCGGCCAGCGGGGCAGACGUGGCCAUGUGGGCCUGCAAGACGCCCGCCGUGCUCUUCUGUCGCGAUGGGCAGCCGGACACUGUCUCUGAGGCCACCCUGAAGGCCAAAGCGGGCGCCAUCGACACCAGCCUCUGAAGGGAUGCGGGAACGCGAUGGGAGGCAUCCGGCCCCGCGGCUGCCUCCCUGGAGAAAGUCCUGGUGCCCUUGGCAGCCGGAGUGCCGGGAAACUGUGAUGGGUUUGCGUUUCUUCUCCGCUGUGUGAGCUCUGGUUUGGUGACCCAAGAGCUCCACAGGGAAGGGAAAUCCCCCUUCCUUUCCAGCAGGCCUGAUGGAUGCAUCAGUGACAGCCACCGAGCCCAGCCAGCUCAAGAGCUCAGCUGCAAGAACAGGACGGUGUUUGCUCCAGAGCUGCAGAAAGUGCCACUGCGAAGCUCCGGGGCUGACACACCAAAGCAGCCCAAACUGUCUGAAUGACUCUGUGAGCUGCUUGUUUAAGUGCCAAAAAAGCAACUGAAAGCUGAGCACUGGCAGCUGGAAGCCACUCUGAAAACAGCACACUGUGAAAAACCGCACCAUGGCAGGAAAAUGUUGCUUUUAUUUGUUAUAUGUGGAAGUGCCAACAGUCAAAAAGUCGCAGAUUGUAGGACAGG